GGUGAAUCGCGUCCAACUUUUGGAAUCCACAUCUUCUAUCAAUUCACUUCCCUCCCUUGUUCUAUAUAACAAUCUCUCUCUGUACACCACGCGACUCGUUGGACAAGAGAUCUGAAUGGUCCCAUGAGCUUGUCUCAGGCAUUCUCAAACCCUCUCUUGAUGGAGUCGACAGCUUUUGGUCCUUUCUGAACCCAUCAUGGAUAAUCAAGAAAACAAUCGUCAACAACUUCAACCUCGGCCUCUUUAUGCGGCCGAAGAGUUGUCAGAAGACGAUGAUCUCUGCAGCUAUAUCUUUGUGGAUCAGCUUGGAGUCACACCUGGGUCCAAGCUAGGUGUCUACCCCCAACAGUUGGACUUCAAGGGCCCCGUCUUCGAUCCACAAAGCGUGUUAGCCAUCCUUCAAGAGACCUUGUUCAGAGGGAGCCUUCAUGAUGAUUCGAGUGGGAGAAUCAAUGAGACUCUCAACAGAUUAUCAGAGUUGCCCAUCAUAAGAGCUCACCUGGAAGGCAGACAUAAUGCGCCGGCGAGGGACCGGUUUAGAGAGCAUAUGAAGCGAUAUCUUCUAGCCCUGCAACCCAAAUCUCGGGUUGAAAUACAUACGACUUCGCUCUAUGGCCAGUUUGUGGAUCGAACUCAACUCGCAGUCUAUGCCACCAGGUACAUCCCUGCCGGUACAACAUUAGAAGAACUCCAAGGGAGAAGGGUCCCCCUGCCUCCAGAAUGGCUGUUCGACGAAGAGGUCAGGUGUAAACGGCGGAAUGACUUUAGUCUGAUCCGGUCUGGGAGAAAGGGCAAGAAUGGGGAUCAACUGUUCUUGGGAACAGCUCGUUUUGUCAAUCACGACUGCAAUCCAAACGUUAGGCUUGAAGCUCGCGACAAAUCUGUCACCUAUCAUACACUCCGCCCGAUACAGAUCGGAGACGAGGUCCUGGCGUUCUACGGUGAUGGAUACUUUGGCGAUGACAAUUGUGAAUGUCUCUGCUUGUCGUGCAAGAACGAAGGAAGCGGAGGUUAUUCCAAGGGAAGUGACUCUGAUCAUGCGGAGAGUCAUGAGCAUCCCAGUCCAGCGGGUCCCAGCCGGUCGUCAACGGCAGGAUCCACCGAAGUUCAGACUCCCGAUGAGCCCGCUCGCCCUCUGGAUCAUAUCAAGCUCGUGGGGGGCAGUGGUGGUGGAGAAUCUGCCGCCAGUCCUCGGCAGGAAGAUGAGGCAGAUGAUGACGACGAGGACGAGGAUGAAGAGGAUGACAGCGAAGAGGAAGACGUUGCGCCUCGUAGGUCAAAGCGUGAGGUGGCCAGGGAAUGGAAAAAUCACCCUUUGAUCUUUCGGCGUCAAAGGAAGCCCAUGGCACCGAUUACACAGCCGGACGAUCAAGAGGAAGAGCCGUCAGAUGGGAUUGCCAGAUGCGUCACUUGCGUGAGGGAGCUGGGACAGAUUCGGAUGUCAUUCGAGGAACGAACCUUUGAACAUCAUUGCGAACGGUGAGCGUGCUUCCGGUCGCACAAUGUGCUCAUGCGUUGCUCAGGUGUGUCCACCACGCUCUGAUCUACAAACUUCCAUGGCCGCAUCGAAAGCGAGACGAGGUACAAGACUGGC